UUCACAUUCACAAACAAUAACUCACCCACUAACCUAACACCAAAAAAUACACGUAUAGCUAAUUAUUACAAGUUAAAGCUGUUCAUACAUUCAUUUUCCUCUGCACAAACCAAAAAACCAACAGCAAAACCCCAAAACAGAGCUAAUAAUAAUAAUAAUAAUAAUAACAACAACAUCAGAUUAGAUCCUCCAUUUUUGUUCUUCUUUGGAGAAUGGAGAAUAACAAGCAACCAAAGAAGAAAAACUGGUUCCUCCCCUUGAUGCUCUCCCUCGUCUUAUCCACUUUCCUUGUUUUCAUCUUUGUUUUCUCUUCUUCAACCUCGUAUUCUUCUCAUUUCUACAAGACCCAAGUGAGGAAAAAGAAGAACAAUGAUGUUAUUCCACGUUUUGUGGAAUCCAAGCUAAGAAUUUCUUCAGUUUCAACUGACCCAAUUCCCAGAUUGGCUUACUUGAUAUCUGGAUCAAUGGGAGAUGGGCAAAGCUUGAAGAGGACUUUGAAAGCUCUUUACCAUCCGAGAAACCAGUAUGUUGUUCAUUUGGACUUGGAGGCCUCGGCUGAGGAGAGAUUGGAGUUGGCUGAGUUUGUGAGGAAUGAACCAAUUUUUGGGAAAGUGGGGAAUGUUAGGAUGAUUGUGAGGGCCAAUCUGGUGACUUAUAGAGGGCCCACAAUGGUCACCAAUACCCUCCAUGCUGCGGCUGUUUUGUUGAAGGAAGGUGGAGAUUGGGAUUGGUUUAUUAAUCUAAGUGCUUCGGAUUAUCCUUUGGUCACCCAGGAUGAUCUGCUUCAUACAUUGUCAACUAUCCCAAGAAACCUUAAUUUUAUUGAGCAUACCAGUGACAUUGGCUGGAAGGAGUCUCAGAGAGCAAGACCCGUUAUAAUUGAUCCGGGGCUGUAUAGCCUACACAAAUCAGACGUAUUUUGGGUCCCGGAAAGGAGGGGUGUGCCAACUGCAUAUAAGCUGUUUACAGGUUCUGCUUGGAUAAUGCUCUCUCGCCCGUUCAUAGAAUUUUGUGUAUGGGGUUGGGACAACCUUCCAAGGAUAGUCCUUAUGUACUAUGCCAACUUUCUCUCUUCACCUGAAGGUUACUUCCACACUGUAAUCUGCAACGCUGACGAGUUUCGAAACACAACUGUGAACCAUGAUCUCCACUUCAUAUCAUGGGACAACCCUCCUAAGCAACACCCACAUUUUCUAACUACUGAUGACUUCGAGAGGAUGGUAGCCAGCAACGCUCCCUUUGCAAGGAAAUUUGGCAGGAACGAGACGGUUCUUGACAAGAUCGACACCAAGCUUUUGGGCUGCAAUGCUGAUGGAUACGUACCAGGUGGAUGGUUGAGUAAGCAAGGAAAUACGAUCUCAGAUUAUUUAAUAACAAAUACCACCAAGCCUAAACCAGGUCCUGGUGCUGAAAGGCUGAAGCAUCUCAUCACCGGUUUGUUAACAGCGGAGGAUUUUCAUGCCAAGCAGUGUUCUUGAUACCUGAAGAGGACCAAGAUAUUGCACGAAAAGCGGCGAACUUAUACUUAGUAACCAGGACAGGAAAUUGCCGUCGACACAAAAAUAAUGAUUGCGGCCCUGACUGGGUAGAUAUUAGAUAGCAAAUUGUAGGGACUUAGCUGGGUGAAAAAUUGCCACUACCUUUUAUAGAACAUAUACUUACCCAUUGCAUUUAAUACAAUAUUCUUGUAGCUCAAAAGCUGAAGUGUAGUUAUAAUAUCA